CUCCGCUUUCGGAAGAGGAGAAACUACAAACCGUUAGGUCUUGGGCUGGGGGAAUAGCAUAGGAAGGUGAUUGAAAGACGGCUUCCGCCGGGCUUCGGUCACGUGAGCGGAAGUGGCCAGGACGAUUCGUAGGGAAGGCGGAAGUCGCAUGUGCCGGAGAAGUUGCUGGUGUGGAGGGGGACCCGGCCUACACGAUGAAGGUGAAAAUGUUGAGCCGGAACCCGGACAACUAUGUCCGAGAAACCAAGCUGGACCUGCAGAGAGUUCCAAGAAACUAUGAUCCUGCAUUGCAUCCUUUUGAAGUUCCACGAGAAUAUACAAGAGCUCUAAAUGCUGUCAAAUUGGAACGAGUAUUUGCAAAACCAUUCCUUGCUUCCCUGGAUGGCCAUCGAGAUGGAGUAAAUUGCAUGGCAAAACAUCCAAAGAGCUUGUCUACUGUGCUUUCUGGAGCUUGUGAUGGAGAGGUUAGAAUUUGGAACUUGACUAAACGAGAAUGUAUCCGUGCAUUGCAAGCACAUGAAGGUUUUGUACGAGGAAUGUGUACCCACUUCUCUGGAACUUCUUUCUUUACGAUUGGUGAUGAUAAGACUGUGAAGCAGUGGAAAAUGGAUGGACCAGAAUAUGGAGAAGAAGAGGAACCUUUACAUACAAUACUAGGAAAGACAGUGUAUACAGGAAUCGAUCAUCAUUGGAACAAAGAUAUUUUUGCUACAUGUGGGCAACAGGUGGAUAUCUGGGAUGAACAAAGAACCAGUCCUAUUUGUUCAAUGACUUGGGGCCUUGACAGUAUAAGCAGUGUUAAAUUUAACCCCAUUGAGAUCAAUAUCUUGGGAAGUUGUGCUUCUGACAGAAAUAUAGUGCUAUAUGAUAUGAGACAAGCAACUCCUUUGAAAAAGGUCAUCUUGGAUAUGAGGACAAAUACAAUUUGUUGGAAUCCAAUGGAAGCUUUUGUUUUCACUGCAGCAAAUGAAGAUUAUAAUUUAUAUACAUUUGAUAUGCGUUCCCUUGAUGAACCUGUGAAGGUACAUGUGAAUCAUGUAUCUGCAGUCCUUGAUGUGGAUUACUCACCUACUGGGAAAGAAUUUGUGUCCGCUAGUUUCGACAAAUCCAUUCGAAUCUUCCCUGUAGACAAAAUGCAUAGCAGAGAAGUAUAUCACACAAAGAGAAUGCAGCAUGUUAUUUCUGUGAAAUGGACAUCUGACAACAAAUAUAUUUUAUGUGGAUCUGAUGAAAUGAACAUUCGACUCUGGAAAGCCAAUGCUUCUGAAAAAUUGGGUGUGCUUACAUCACGAGAAAAAGCAGCCUUAAAUUAUAACCAGAAGUUGAAGGAGAAGUUUAAAUACCAUCCUCAGAUAAGUCGCAUAGCAAGACAUCGUCAUUUACCUAAGACCAUCUAUAGCCAAAUUAAGGAGCAGCGCAUCAUGAAAGAAGCUCGUCAAAGGAAGCAAAUGAAUCGUAUCAAACAUAGCAAACCUGGAUCUAUACCAUUUGUGUCAGAGAAGAAGAAGCAUAUAGUGGCUGUUGUGAAAUAAUACAUGAGAGUUCUGCUGAUUUUGAAUAGAAUCACAUAAUCUUGGAGUUAAAAGGAACUUGAACAAUCAUCGUAUUCAAUGUCCUCAUGUUAUAUUAUGGGGAAAUUGAGACCUGCAGAGGUGUGAAGUGACUUGUCCAGAUCAUCCAAUGGCAGAACCAAGACCAGAAACCAAUUCUUCGGAAUCCUACUCCACUGCUUUUUCUGCUAUAUCAAGCUGUCUCUUAGAUUUGGAAAAGCACUUCUGUAUUUGAUCUCUACUUUUAUAUAUAUGUAUAUACAUACACACACACACACACACACACACACACACACAUACACAUACACACAUUUUUAAUGUAUGUUCCCAGAGUUGUCUUAACUUGAAGACAGACCAUGUUUCUUCAAUAAACCUUUGUAUAUUCUUCCAAAAUCUCAUAGAUAGUAUAUGCAAACAAUAAAUAUUAGUACUGAAAAAUGGCUAGCAUAUAUUCAAUUCAAUAAAACAACCAUUAGCAUAGUUUUUUUUUU